AUGCCUGAAGCAACUCAAGUUAAGUCAGGAAGUGGAGAGAAAGGAACCACGUAUGAAAACAACCAUCCUUACCACUUAAACAACUCAGACUCACCUAGUAUGACUCUGGUCAACAAUGUUUUCGACGGAAAAGGAUAUCCAGGUUGGAGGAGAUCCAUCCUCUUAUCCUUAUCAGCUAAGAAGAAUCUUGGCUUCAUCAAUGGAACCUGUAGGGCUCCAGAACAGGAAUCUGCAGAUUUUGAACAAUGGAGUUGUGUUAACGACAUGAUCAUAUGUUGGAUAUCAAAUGCACUCUCUAAGGAUAUUGCAGAUAGUGUGAUGAGUUCCAAAACUGCUAAGGAAGUUUGGGACAGUCUGGAGCAGAGGUUUGGCAAGUCAAGUGGUGCCAAAAUCUACCACCUGCAAAAGGAAUUAACAAGCUUAAUACAAGGGAAUAGUGACAUUGCAGGUUACUUCACCAAACUUAAGAGACUAUGGGAUGAAUUGGAUGGGAUAAAUGUAAUUGUUUGUUGCUCAUGUAAGUGCACUUGUGAUGGGAAAGCAAAGUUAACAAAAUCACUAGAAGAUCAAAGGUUAAUUCAAUUCCUAAUGGGACUAAAUGAUGCAUAUGCCCAGGCAAGGGGAAAUAUACUCAUGAUGAAUCCCUUACCUGGAAUGGAUGUUGCAUAUUCAUUGCUUCUGCAGGAUGAGAAUCAAAGGGAAGUAUAUGCAAACACAAACUACAUCACUGAUUCUGGAUCAUUUCUGGCAGCAAGUCAAGCAAAACAACAGGACAACAAACUAAUUAUUGAGUUUGCAGCAUUCAUGGCUAGUGGACAGGGAAGGAAUACACAGAGAUUCAAACACCAAGCAAUAAGAGGAACAAACACAUACCAGAGGUAUACCAAUCCAGGUCAGAACCAGAGACAUGAUAAAUCACAGAACAGGUUUAAGGGUAAGAAGAAAUAUGAUCCAAACCUGUCAUGCACUUAUUGUGGGAAAAUAGGGCAUGUACAUGAUAAUUGCUACAGACUGCAUGGGUUUCCUGCAGAUUUUGAGUUCACCAACUCAAGAAACUAUCAGCCUCAGAUUAAAGCAAAUGCAACUUUGACUCAGCAAGCAGAUAAAGACAUUAGGAGGACAGAUCCUGAAAUCAGUGAUAGAAAUUUUGAGGAACAGUUCAGCAAGCAGCAAAUUGCAGAGAUGAUGCAAAUGUACAAGCAAAGCAAAUUGACACACACAGGAAUCAAUGCAAAUGCAGUAGCUGGUACCAUCUUUAAAUACUCAAAUUCUGUGCCCACUAAUCUUAAGCAAAAUACUUGGAUAAUUGAUUCAGGAGACUCAGAACACAUGUGUUUUGAUCCCAAUUCCUUCCUAUUUCUAAAACCCCUGCCUAUGCCUUUGAACAUUAAUUUGCCUAACUCUUUCAAGGACCCUUCAGUGAGGAGUCCUCAAGUUUUUGGUGAAGUUAGAGAAGGACUCUAUUUAUUGGAUUCCAACACUGACAAGUCUAGAAAUAGUUCCAAUGAUGUAUCCCCAGAUCCCAUCCCACAAUCAUUUUCAGUUUUUAAUUCAGUACAUGUUAAUGCUACUCCUAGUGUGAAACUUUGGCAUGUAAGGUUCUUUCUCACCAUAGUAGAUGACUACAGUAGAGGGACAUGGACAUUCUUACUAAGCACUAAAAGUAAUGCUUUUCCUGUACUAAAAAGCUUCCUAUCCAUGGUAGAGAGACAAUUCAAUGUCAAGGUUAAAAUGAUCAGAUCUGACAAUGCUUUAGAAUUAGAGAAAGGAACACAGGAAUCAGCAUUUCUUGCUUCUCAGGGAAUCUUACAUCAGUUGUCCUGUGUUGCUACACCUCAACAAAAUGGAACUGUUGAGAGAAAACAUAGACACCUCUUAGAAAUUGCAAGGGGGUUGAUGUUUCAGUCAAAAUUGCCAAUGAUUUACUGGGGAGAAUCUGUUCUAACUGCUACUCAUAUCAUUAAUAGACUACCAUCUAGUGUUCUAAAAGGACAAACACCUUAUGUAGUACUACGUAGACAAGAACCUACCUAUGCCCAUUUGAGGAACUUUGGAUGUUUGUGUUAUGCCUCUACCCUGGGACAAGGGAGAAACAAGUUUGAUGAAAGGGCUACUGCUUGUGUUCUGCUAGGAUACCCUUUACAACAGAAGGGGUAUAAACUGUUAUCUCUUGAUACAAGGAAAGUGUUUGUAUCCAGAGAUGUCAGAUUUCAUGAAUCACAUUUUCCUUUCAACUCAUCUAAUAGCUCCCACAUACCUACUUUUUUGAACUACCCUUCUUCCUCAGAUCAUGAUCCUACUUUCCACAAUCAAUCAGCCCCACAUGUUCAUGAUCCUUUUUACCCAGCUACACUAUCAGUACCUCCACCUAAUACCUUUAUCUACAGCCCCCAAUCCGAAUCCACACUACCUCAACAAACAUCUCCACCUACAUCACAAGAUACUCCUGCUCCUGCUCCUAUCACAGAUCUACCAAGAAGAUCUAGCAGGAUGUCUCAUGAACCUGGAUACCUAAAAGAUUACAUUUGCAAUGGUGUAAUAUUCACUGAUCCAUGGACAACUUGUCUUGCUCACCCUCACAAGCCAAAAGGAUAUGCUUUCUCCUCCCUAUCCCUCCACAAUUAG